AUAAGGUGUCAGGAUGUCGCUGUCUAUUUCUCCAUGGAGGAGUGGGAGUAUUUAGAAGGACACAAGGGUCUACACAAGGAGGUCAAGAUGGAGGAGGACCAGCCCCUCACAUCUCCAGAGAGAUCCAGUCAGAGGACAACACCAGAGAGAUGUCCGCGUCCUCUCCUUCCACAGGACAGUCAGAUGACUGUACUGGGCACUUGGAGAAACAUCUCAUAUCUACAUAUUAUAAUGCAGAUGAUCCAGGUGUCAUAUCAGAUACAUAUGAAGAGCGUGCCAUUAUCCCAGAUGUACCCUCAGACCUUCACAGCAAAAAUCUAUCAUCUCAUCCUUUAAAACAGGUCCAAUCUUCUAAUUCAUCACAUACUCUGUAUUUACUUACUGAGAAUAAAACUCACAGAAGAGGUUCUGGAACCCAAAGAGCUCAGAAAAAGCCAUAUUCAUGCUCAGAAUGUGGGAAAUGUUUUACUUGGAAAUCAGGCCUUCUUCAACAUCAAAGACAUCACACAGGGGAGAAGCUGUAUUCCUGUUCAGAAUGUGGAAAAUGUUUUACUAACAAAUCGCAUCUUGAAAACCAUCAGAGAAUUCACACAGGAGAAAAGCCGUUUUCAUGUUCAGAAUGUGGAAAAUGUUUUACGAAAAAAACACAUCUUGAAACCCAUCAGCGAAUUCACACAGGAGAGAAGCCGUUUUCAUGUUCAGAAUGUGGAAAAUGUUUUGCUAGAAAAAUGCAUCUUGAAAACCAUCAGAGAAUUCACACAGGAGAGAAGCCGUUUUCAUGUUCAGAAUGUAGGAAUUCUUUUACUGAUAAAUCAAGUCUUGAAAGCCAUCAGAGAAUUCACACAGGAGAGAAGCCGUUUUCGUGUUCAGAAUGUGCGAAAUCCUUUACUAGAAAGUCAGUUCUUCUUCAACAUAAAAGAAGUCACACAGGAGAGAAGCCGUAUUCUUGUUCAGAAUGUGGAAAAUCUUUUCCUCGGAAAGAAAGUCUUCAGCGACACCAGAGACUUCACACAGGGGACAAGCCGUAUUCAUGUUCAGAAUGUAGAAAAUCUUUUACUGUGAAAUCAAUUCUUGAGAGACAUCAGAGAAUUCACACAGGAGAGAAGCCGUUUUCGUGUUCAGAAUGUGCAAAAUCCUUUGCUAGAAAGUCAGUUCUUCUUCUACAUAAAAGAAGGCACACAGGAGAGAAGCCGUAUUCAUGUUCAGAAUGUGGAAAAUCUUUUACUCAGAAAGCACAAUUUCGGAGCCACCAGAGAUUUCACACAGGGGACAAGCCGUAUUCAUGUUCAGAAUGUGGAAAAUCUUUUACUGAGAAAUCAAGUCUUGAGAGACAUCGGCAAAUUCACACAGGGGAGCUGUAUUCAUGUUCAGAAUGUGGGAAAUGUUUUAAUCAGAAAUCAUCUCUUAAGAGCCAUCAAAAAAUUCACACAGGGUACAAGCCGCAUUCAUGUUCAGAAUGUGGGAAAUGUUUUAUUGAGAAAUCGAGUCUUCAGAAACAUCAGAGAAUUCACACAGGAGAGAAGCCGUUUUCGUGUUCAGAAUGUGGAAAAUGCUUUACUAGAAAGUCAGUUCUUCGUCUACAUCAAAGAAGUCACACAGGAGUGAAGCCGUAUUCAUGUUCAGAAUGUGGCAAAUGUUAUACUGAGAAAUCAAGUCUUGAUGGCCAUCAGAGAAGUCACAUAGGAGAGAAGCCGUUUUCGUGUUCAGAAUGUGGCAAAUGUUUUACUUGGAAAUCAUCUCUUGUUCAACAUCAGAGAAUUCACACCGGAGAGAAGCCGUUUUCAUGUUCAGAAUGUGGAAAAUGUUUUAAUGAUAAAACACAUCUUGCAAACCAUCAGAGAAGUCACACAGGAGAGAAGCCGUUUUUGUGUUCAGAAUGUGGCAAAUGUUUUACUCGGAAAUUAUCUCUUGUUCAUCAUCGGAGAAUUCACACCGUGAACAAGCAAUUCUGAAUCCUUCCUGUAAAAUAUGCCAUGAAUUUCCAUAUUUUUUUUCUUACUAUCAUUUAUAGCGAGAAGACUCAGCUUCUUUUAUAAAAAUCUUGCUUAUAUAUUGAAGCAGGAAUUAAAAGAACAUAUCAGUAUAUUCAGUAGUGUAGUUACAGCUGUUAUAAUUGUAGAUCUUAAAGGACUUGUGCAAGAAUGAGGGGCUUUGCCAAUCUCCCCUACUUUACUGGAUCUGUAAAGGGAAGAUUACUUACCUGCUGCUGGCGCUGGCUCUCCGCUCCUUCUCUACCAAGCCUGCAAUGCUCAGCUGGGUUUAUCUUAUUUGACAUUGCCACAGCCGACACUGGCCGCGGCGAAGACUGCAUCCCCUUGUGUUAUGUGACUAUUUGUCAUGACGUAAGGGAAACCAGUAACCAUGAUCGUCCAUGAAUUAUAUAAUAUACAUAUUGGAAUAUAUUGGAAAUAUUUCAGAGGAUAGGUCAUCAGUUAAAAAAUGUCAGAAAACGUUUUUGGGCUCAUUUGCAGCAAAUGGUAAGGGACAUCUGAGGAAUAAUUAUACCCUUAAUCCCACAACUUAAUUGUUUGAAGGAAGUGGAGAGGACUCGGUGGAGAAGUGUUUGCCUGUUGUGUCCCACUCGAUCAGUCUGGUCACCACACUAUGCCUUUUUGGAAUUUUCGUUGCAGCCUGUGACGCCUUCCAGCAUGAUGUCAUAGAACAUCUGACACAUUUAUUGCUGAUUGAACAUUUGGAGAUGUGCCCCUUUCAUUGUAAUAAUCCCCAUUGUGCCCCCUUUAUAGUAAUAAUACCUACUAUGCCCCUUCAUAGCAAUAAUGCCCACUGUGCCCCCUUUAUAAUAAUCCUAAUUGUGCCCCCUUCACAGUAAUAAUGCCCUUUGACUCUGUGCCCCUUCACAUUAGUAAUGCCCUCUGUGCCCCCUCUAUAGUAAUA